UCCAUACAGACACUUCCUCUUCGAACUUCCGAUAAGACUUCAUGUACUUUCCGAAUAGCACUGUGGGUAGACAUACGUCCUCUUCAUUUGACAGUAGUUUCAGUAUUUUCUGUUAGGAAAGUCACCACCUUUUAAAAAUUAUCGCCUUUAACAUUCGCUGACAUCAGACAAUUAUUACGAGAAUUACCAAAAAUGGCUACUUAUCAACUCCAAUGCUUCAAUACAGUUCCUUCAUUAGAGGUCGUUCCAGAUAUAGAGACGAGUCAGAGAAUUGAUGAAAUAUUAGAGGCUCUCAACCGCAACGAACGCAAGGAAGUGUUGUAUUUGUGUGAAAGCUUGCACAAAGAUAAUACAGCGGCCUGCUUGAAAGAGACACUCUACUCCAGAGCCAUGAGCUAUGGCACAGCUGGGAAUAUGUUUCUGCUAGAGCUCCUGGUGCAUUUGGGAAGAUAUGACAUUGUGAGGAAGGUGUUUGGUUUCAGCAGGGAUGCGGUGCAGAGAAAUAUGGGGUCCUGGCAGGUUCUACCAAGAUUCAGAGUGCUGAUGACUCAAUUAAGUGAGGACAUGACCAGUGACGAUGUAAUCAUGUUUAAGUUCCUGCUGUUCAACAUCUUAGGGCGUAAGAGGAGUGAACAAGCCAAGAACUUUCUGGACAUUGUUAUAGAACUAGAGCACCUGGGUGAAGUUUCAUCCCAAAGAGUGGACAUUCUGGAGGAAUGUUUAGUACACAUUCGCCGGGUAGACUUGGCCAACAAACUGAAGGUGUACAAAAAGUCAGGAAACACAAAUAUGCUUGAGACCAAAGUACAGCAGACCUGCCAGAGUCACGUCAACAAAUACAAAUUUAGCAGUAAGCCCAGAGGACUGUGUGUCAUCAUAGACUGCGUGGGUAAUGAUGGAGAGAUGCUGGAGCACACUUUUAAAUCGCUGCACUUCAGCGUGACCUUGCACAAAUACCUCAGUGUUGCUCAGACGGUUUCAGUGCUCAGAGGCCUAUCCCAGGGAAGUAAGGCGCUCAAGGGCGAUGGCUUCGUCUGCUGCAUCAUUAGCCGCACCACCGCCACUCAUCUCCUGGCCACGGAUUCCUACGAUGAGAGCCUGCCGCUCGAUGAUCUUAGCCGUCUGUUCGCCGGUGACGUGUGUUCCGCGCUGGUCGACCAGCCCAAACUCUUCUUCAUCCAGGGUUACAGGGUCCCGGAGUUCCAGCCCUGCGCCAGACUGGACCAACGGGAUGAGGAUUUGGAGACAGACGGAGGUGUUUGUCCGUCGAGUCCCAGUUCAAUCCCGUCGCGUGCAGAUGUGUUCUGGAGUCACUGCUGGACUGGAGAAGACCAGCUGCAGCAAGGACGACAUCGCUCCGUUUACCUCAAGGCGUUGACGGACGCCAUGCACAGAGGCCAGCGGGGGAGCAGACACCUGGUGGAUCUUCACCUGGAGGUGAAUGGAGCCGUCUUUAAACACAACAGCAAGUGUCCUGGGCAGGAGUAUCACAUUGAUCUGAAACACACUUUAAGAAAAGAGCUUUACUUCUAAACUUUCAGCUACUGUCAGGCAGCUUGGCAUAGCCGGCUUGUGCACAAUUUCAGAAUUAUACAAAUAUGUAUUUUUUAUUUUAAAUGAUUUUUUUUUAAAUUUAUACCAGGGGUGUCAAACUCAUUUUAGAUCGGGGGCCACAUGGAGAAAAAUCUACACCCAAAUGGGCCGGACUAGUAAAAUCACGGCACGAUAACUUAAAAAUAAAGACAACUUCAGAUUGUUUUCUUUGUUAGAAAAUAGAACAAGCACAUUCUGAAAUUAGAGAUGUCCGAUAAUAUCGGCCGAUAAAUGCUUUAAAAUGUAAUAUCGGAAAUUAUCGGUAAAAUUUAUGACUUUUUAAAACGCCGGAGUGGUACACGGGCGUAGGGAGAAGUACAGAGCGCCAAUAAACCUUAAAGGCACUGCCUUGCGUGCCGGCCCAAUCUCAUAAUACCUACGGCUUUCACACACACAAGUGAAUGCAAUACAUACUUGGUCAACAGCCAUACAGGUCACACUGAGGGUGACCGUAUAAACAACUUUAACACUGUUACAAAUAUGCGCCACACUGUGAACCCACACCAAGCAAGAAUGACAAAUACAUUUCGGGAGAACAUCCGCACCGUAACACAACAUAAACACAACAGAACAAAUACCCAGAACCCCUUGCAGCACUAACUCUUCCGGGACGCUACAAUAUACACCCCCCCGCCCUCCCACCUCAACCCCGCCCACCUCAACCUCCUCAUGCUCUCUCAGGGAGAGCAUGUCCCAAAUUCCAAGCUGCUGUUUUGUGGCAUGUUAAAAAAAAUAAUGCACUUUGUGACUUCAAUAAUAAAUAUGGCAGUGCCAUGUUGGCAUUUUUUUCCAUAACUUGAGAUGAUUUAUUUUGGAAAACCUUGUUACAUUGUUUAAUGCAUCCAGCGGGGCAUCACAACAAAAUUAGGCAUAAUAAUGUGUUAAUUCCACUACUAUAUAUAUCGGUAUCGGUUGAUAUCGGAAUCGAUAAUUAAGAGUUGGACAAUAUUGGAAUAUCGGAUAUCGGCAAAAAAACCAUUAUCGGACAUCUCUAUCUGAAAAUGUACAAAUCAUAAUGUUGUUGGGGGUUUUUUACACUUACAUGUUGCGGUUAAUAGUAUUCUAUCUAUUUGUCGUUAUUUAUAUUUUCUGAAUAAAUUAUGUGAUAAUGUUCAUCUGUCAACUCAUUGGUGUUAAUUUUCAAUCUAUCAAGAUAAAAAAAUUAUAUCAAAAUCAAAUUACAGGAUGUUAUUUAUGUAGUUUGCUCAUUUUUCUCGACUGACAUGUACUAACUGUACUAACGUGGUUUAUUUUGUACAUAUGAAGCAUCAUCUACAAAGAUACAAAGAAUUGCUAUUGCGACAGCUGUUUCAUUAAAAAAUUUCAGGUUAAUUUUUAUACUUAGCAAACUCAUCCCGCGGGCCGGAUAAAACCUGUUUGUGGGCCUGAUCCGGCCCUCGGGCCGUACGUUUGACACCCCUGCCUUAGAGUCAUAUAACUUGGUAUGUGACACAAGCUAACUAUUAUCAUGCGCACGUUAGCUUGCUAACUUUUUGAGCUAGUUUUUCAACCGUUUAACACAGAGUCACGUAACUUGCUAUGUGACACUUUUUAACUGUUAGCAUGCAAACAAUAGCAAGCUAACUUAAGCAUGCUAACUUUUUCAUCUAAAUGUACACUUUUUUUUUUCCUAUUCCCGCAGCCAUACGCCUUUGAGUCGUAUAACUUGGUAUAUGAAUCAUGCUGAUUGUUAUCAUGCUAUCGUUAGCACAUAUGCUAAGUGUUAGCAUUUUUAUGUGAACGGGCUACUAUUUUAGGCAGGCCUGGGCAAUUAUUUUGACUCGGGGGGCACAUUUAGAGAAAAAAAUGUGUGUGGGGGGCCGGUAUAUCUAUUUUUAGGAACACGAAUAUAAAACCUCACAAUGUGUCUGAUUGAAUUCUAAAAACGUUAUGACAGACCGCCUUAAAAAACGUAAUGUAAUUUUACAUUUUUCUAUGAACGAUAAAACACUGAAUAUUGGCAAAAUAUGAAUGUCACACCCCCUUUCGAUCGACAAAUUUUACAAUCAAGUGAAACGCAACAAAAAUGCAAGAAACUGUGAAAUAUGAACGCGAAGGGUACAAAAUAAACCCACCUACCAUCUGAUAUAUAUGAUAUUUGCUGAAUUUCCCUCAGGGAUCAAUAAAGUACUUUCUAUUCUAUUCUAUUCUAUAUAUCACUAAGCUUUAGAACUUUGUUGUGAAAAUCUCCUUCCGCGUCUGUGGAAACGCUUCCCGCCCACACUGCUUGGUGCCUCGUCUGAGCUGCUGUGACGUAGAUUACCAUAGUAACUAAUUAGAUGACCAUAGUAACUAAUUAGAUGACCAUAGUAACUAAUUAGAUGACCAUAGUAACUAGUAUAUCAUCCAUAAGCGCAGAUUCCAACCAUUGAAAUACUUGGUAUAGUUGAAGACUUACGGUCAUUAGAAAACAUCACUGCACAUCAUAAUGGCAGCUACACUUUCCAGCUUAAAGAUCUAAAAAAAUUAUUUGGGAAUGUCCGGCGGGCCAGAUUGAAAAGCUCAAUGCCCGGGGGCAUGUGGCCCCCGGGUCUUAAUUUGCCCAGGUCUGGUUUUAGGCUAGCUCUGUGGCUCAUUUUGUACAGUUACACCUACAACUCAAGGAUUCCGACACUCAGCACCAUUUUAAAAGCACGGCGGCUUCGGGCGACCCCCGGCCAGAGGUCCAGGGCACAGAUAGCAGGCCCAUCAAAAUGUCCGUGGGAAUUUUUUAGUUGUAAAUUUUGAUGAACUGUAAUUCCACUUUCGGUUUGCAACCUUAAUUCAAAUUCAUAUAAAUGAAUUAGAAUUCGGUAGACAUUCCCAAUUCCCAAUUCAGUUUGGAGUUUUGCACAAGCCUGUUGCAAACAUUUAUUUAUCAUUUGAUCAGUGCUGUCAAUUUUUUUUUUUUAAAUCAGAUUAAUCACACUUUUGAAUUUGGAUUAACCAUGAUUAAUCACAGGUUAUUACUCACUUGCAUACUGUAAUUAAAAAUACUCCAUUAUUUGGACACAUAUUCAAUUAUAUUGUCAGAACAGAUCUAGGAACAUGACUUAAAACAUGUACCUAUAUGUCUCCUUACAUACUACAAAGUAUUUUGUCUAUAUUUAUUCCUAUGCCACUUUUUUGCCACAUGCACAUUACAGUGAAAACAUUUGUGUUUCAUAUUAAACUUGCCACUUUUCAGUGUUCCCUGUUAUGUCGGCAACAGUCUAGUGUUUGUAUUGCAGUUUCAAAGCAAUUGUGUCAUCGUCAUUAUUUAUUUGAUAUAUGGCAAGUGUUGUCACUGGUGAUGAGUUUGACUGUGACUAGAACAAGAGUUGUAUUUGAGUCAGUAACACACACACACAAAGUAUCAAUGAUGGCUGAGUCAUUUGUUAGCUAGAGUUUAUUAGAGCUCUUUUAACAAAUAUUUAAAUGAAUAAACAAUAUGAUUUUACAUGAUAUUGUCUAUUGUACAGUAUAUUGUUAACCUUGUCCUGCUCACAAAUGCAGGCAGCAAUCAGAAUUUUGCUUACUGCACUUCAUGAUUCAAAACAUUCAGAACUGUCCUCCAGAAAGUCUUACCUUUGUCCAUGUGAUGUCAGAUGAAACAAAAAUUGAGCUGUUUGGCCACAAUACCCAGCAAUAUGUUUGGAGGAGAAAAGGUGAGGCCUUUAAUCCCAGGUACACCAAACCUACCGUCAAGCAUGGUGGUGGUAGUAUUAUGCUCUGGGCCUGUUUUGCUGCCAAUGGAACUGGUGCUUUACAGAGAGUAAAUGGGACAAUGAAAAAGGAGGAUUACCUCCAAAUUCUUCAGGACAACCUAAAAUCAUCAGCCCGGAGGUUGGGUAUUGGGCGCAUUUGGGUGUUCCAACAGGACAAUGACCCCAAACACACGUCAAAAGUGGUAAAGGAAUGGCUAAAUCAGGCUAGAAUGAAGGUUUUAGAAUGGCCUUCCCAAAGUCCUGACUUAAACGUGUGGACAAUGCUGAAGAAACAAGUCCAUGUCAGAAAACCAACAAAUUUACCUGAACUGCACCAAUUUUGUCAAGAGGAGUGGUCACAAAUCCAACCAAAAGCUUGUGGAUGGCUACCAAAAGCGCCUUAUUGCAGUGAAACUUGCCAAGGGACAUGUAACCAAAUAUUAACAUUUCUGUAUGUAUACUUUUGACCCAGCAGAUUUGGUCACAUUUUCAGUAGACCCAUAAUAAAUUCACAAA